CCGUUGUUUCUCAGUUGCUGGGGUCAUGUGGGGCAUCAAGGCUACAAGACCCAGAUCUCCAUCGGCAGUGACUGUGAUUUUACCCACGUAAUGGUGCACGAGAUUGGACAUUCAGUUGGAUUCUGGCACGAGCAGAGCAGGCCGGACCGUGACAGUUAUAUCACUGUCUUAUGGGAGAACGUGCUGCCAGGUAAGAUUGCGUUACUUUCGUUUACUAUUGUGAUCAAGUUUUUACUACUUAACAUAUGACGUUGUGUUUCAUGCCCUUUUAAAUGUAUUUAGAUUUCAUCAUGAACAAAGCUUUCUUUUUUAACUGGCGAAAACUUUAUAAAACUAUGAAAAAGCUAGCAGUACCGCGUUUAGCUCAUCCAGAUGUUGUUACUCUUAAUCUUACUCUCCCACGCCUUUCUCACCUUUCAGGUUUGGAAGAUGCCUUUGCUAAAAGGAAAUGGGGCACUGAGGUGGUGGACUAUGGAGUUCCUUACGAUUUCGAGUCCAUCAUGCACUACCCUUUCACCGCUUUUUCUAAAAAUGGCAAACCUACAAUCAGUAACAAAGUGCCUAUGAAUGGAAAGGUCCCGUAUGUGGAGUUAAGCGAUGGAGACGCGCAGCAGACAAAUGCGAUGUACAAAUGUAACGGUAAGAUUUUGCAUUACACAGCGUCGUCUCCAGGCAAAUUCGCGCUAUCCGAGUGAGUGGAGGAGGCUUGGAACUGAUCGAGCACAAAAGUCUGGCUAUAGUUUAUAUGCGAACAAGCUUGACCGGUGACGUCACAUUCAAACUCGCCGAGGAAGACUGUUAACGAGGCUAUCAUUAUCUAUUCCAACAACAACGCCCAGGUGGAAAAUCUGGAUCAUUAUUCGUUUCCGGGAAACUGCCCAUCUACCCCUCCCCUAAGCCAAAAUUUUGCCCUAAGUGAGAAGUGAGUGUUAAUGUUGACUUAGGGGAGGGGUUGGGGAGGGGUAGGUGGGCAGUUUCCCAGAAACGUAUAAUGGAAAUCUCUGUUUCAUUUGACCAUCCAUACUUACCCUAAGCCUCUUGCGUAUUUUUCAACGAGCAUUUUUUUUUGAGGGACUGGAAAAAUUUACAGUACUUGGAGAACGGGUGGGUUGUAUUAAAUGGAACAGCCCUCAGUAAAGAAAAUGACCAAAUGUCUCUAAGUUUGGGGCAAAAUACCUUUUGUCACAACAAAGAUGUAUUUUAUAGUGGGUUGUUUGUAAAGCUGGGUACCACCGUACCACUGGGAACUACUGGACCGUUUCAUUCUGAUCGUUUUUUCCCACGGCAAUGGUAAAGACUCCUUUAGCUUCAGAAGACUCCUAUAACAUCUCAAAUCAGAGAUCAAAAGUUAUCUGGAAAAUUUCUAAUUUCUUGUGAAAUGUUUUUAGUGGUGAUGAGGAAAAGAGCUAUAGAUGACUUCAGCACCUUCAAGCCAGUUCCACGUAUUCAAAAGCGAAGUAAGUGUUUUCACUCGUUUAUUUUUUUCAGGGUGGCAAACGCAUCACGCCGGAUUUUUUAAGCUACUCGCAUCUCACGGAAAAACCAAAUAAAAUAGUAACUACAUUAACAAGUAUCCUAUUAUCACUUGGUCUGAGGAAAUCAGAGGUCGAGGAACGAGGAAAAAGGGCAAUAAUUUGGGCCCGAUCACGCGUCACGGAAAACCCCUUUGCCACCCUGUUUUUUGAGUUAGCAAGUUGUUAAUUUAGGGCUGUUGAAUUUCAAAUGGCAGAAUCGAAGGUAAUGACAUGGUUGUUUUUUAAAAUGCAUAAUCAAGACCGGCGAUCAAAUGGAUUGAUGCUGGACGAAGCAGACGAUUGGGUCGGAUCAUAAAGUGAUCGUUGCUUCGAGUGAUCGAAAUAGUUUGGGUAAACCUGAAGUAUAUAUUUAAGCCAGUUUCCAUAAAAUCGGGUACUCUCGAUCUUUCCAGUCGUUUGAAAAAAUCAAGGCGAUAAAGACGUACUGGAUGAUUAUAGAGAAAACGGUCUGAAACACUUUCUCCAAGUGGCUGUUGUGAAGAGUUUUUACUGUAACCUGGGCGGUUAAGUUCACCCAAACCUUGCCAGUGAUUUAAAAGGUAUUCUAGAGAGAAUAUCAGCCUUAUUGAGCUGUCAUUAAGGUCAAAACAGUCCUUGAAUGAACCAGCAGGGAAAGCAAAAGAGAGGGAGAUUCAGAUACACUCGGAGGCGCACAAGGAUGUUAGAACUUAUGGAGAAACGGCUUAAGAGGCGUGGGGCAAAAAUCUGUAAAUCACUGCUCAAACUACAGUCAGAUGAUGAGCACAAGUGGUGGGCCCGAGUUCCGUCGGGAACAAAGAGGACUGAUGGACAGACUGGUGACUGGUUAUGAUGAUGAUGAUAAUGACGACUACGAUGCUGCUGAUGAUGAUGAUGUUGAUGAUGGUGGUGGUGGUGGUGGUGGUGGUGAACAAAAUUUGAAUUUUCAGUAUUGUGUAUUACAGUAGAACCCUAGUAACUCUAACUCUGCACGGAAACGAAAAACAGUUCGAGUUAUUUGGGAAUUCGAGUUAUCACCUGAUAACAAUUUGAAAUUGUGAUCAAGGGAAAGGAAAUUUAUUUCGAGUUAUCGAGGUUCUACUGUAUAUGUACUCACGUUUCAUGUACUAAAGUUUUAACUGCCUUCACCAGGUUCCGGCCUGUGCAAAGAUGACGCCCCUACGCAAAACUGCCAAGAAUGGAAGAAAUUCAAUUACUGUUCCGAUAGGCCAGACGACAUGUACACCUGGUGCAAAGUUACUUGCAAUUUCUGUAGCAGCGGUGAGUGCGCGCAACUUUUGUAAUUAAACUGAAUGACUUUGGCAUGUGGAUGCAAAGUCGCGUGUAAGUGUCCCCUUAAAUAAACUACAUGGUGGAAAGUCUCGUGUAAUCGCUGCAGCAGCGGGAAGGUAUAGGUAGUUUCCAUAAUGAAAAAGAUAACGACUUUGUUGAUGCAUACCUCAGGGGGGGGGGGGGGGGGGGGCUUUUUUGGGGGUGGGGCCGCGGUAGGUUAAAAAGAACACAUUUUUUCACCAACAACCCCUACAUUUACCUGCCUCUUUUUCCACAAAAAACCCAUAUUGCUUACCCUGCGUUUAUUUUUUGUUCUAUGAAGGUGACGGGAGAGUAUGAUUGAGGGGUGGAGGUGAGGGAGACGGGGGGGUGGGUGUUGUUCGGCGCGGGGGGGGGGGGGGGUGGGGGGGGGGGGCUUUAUAAGAGGUGUGCCGCAGAGGCCUUCAAAGUCUAAACCUAUUUCACGCAAAAUCCUUCAUUUACCUGCCCUGUAUCUAAGACAACAGACCGUAUUUCAUGACCCUGAUUAAUUUUGUUUUGCUAACGAAAAUUCACCUAGUUUUUGAAACAAACAUCAUGAAAUCAGAUUUUUUCAAGAAAAAUGUCGGUACCACUCAAAUGUAGACUGUUCAAGGCGCUGAACCAACCUUACAGGCUUUCGGUCCAAAAGGACACCCUAUUCCCUCCUUUGCAAAGUUCUAGGGCCACUCCAUUUUUUUCUUCUUUCCUCUUCGAAAAAAGGGAAUUUUUUCUCAGAAAUAUUUCAGAAAUCAGAGGCUGCCGACAUUGCCACCCCCUCAGAAAUAACUUUUCUAGACGGUGAUGACCGAAGCUCGGGAAAUCUCACCCAAAGUGGGGUGUGGAUACUAAAUGGCAUGGCCGUUGUUAAGUUGAGAUUACAAUAUUGCUAAUCAUUUGUUGCCAUCGCUUCUUAGCGUUUUGUGCAAACUCUCCAAAGCGCGUGGCAAACUUCUGCAAAAAAAAAAAAACGUUUUACGAUAGGGUUACAAAUAUAUUCUUCGUUUACCCUAGAUUCUUGCAUGGAUAAGAACGGUAACUGCCCAGCAUGGAAGCAGUAUGGACAUUGCCAGAACAGCCCAGAUAUCAUGAAAGAACACUGUUCGUACUCCUGCAACUUCUGUAAUGGUAAGUGAAUCUGUUAUUAUAGUUAACUAUAGCUUUCAUUAGGUGGUUUAAGAAGCGACGCAUGUCAACCGAGAGUGGACGUUUUGCACUCUUGAGCAGUGAUUUUGGUUUAUUUUGUUUUUGCCAGUUCGACUCUGUUAAAGUAAAGACAUUUAGCAAUACAAAUUUGCAAGCGUCAAGGAAUAUUUUAAGGGAAAAAGGCUCACUUUCGUCUCACUUCCAUCGCUCAAAGAAGUCGCUGCUUAAUCUCCCUAUUAUUCAUUCAAUACUAUUCUGGUUUCUUAUUGUUUUACUCCCAGCCUACCUUUUAUUUCAUAACAAUGCUCAAAACUGAAUGUUUUCCUGGCAUCAUCCAAUUAAAGAAAAAAAAUAUAUUGGGUGAAUGACGUCAAUUUUCAAACAACAUAUUAUUGCAUAGUUGACGUCAUACAAACCCAGUGACGUGGUGCUUUAAGGCUUUUAAUACUUGGCGAGCUCGAAAUAGUAGAAAAAAGAAGAAAGGUAUGCAGAAUAUGAACUAUAGCAAAAAGAAGCCUAUCCAAGUAGUUAAAGAUCGUGUGAUUACUUUUGCAGCUCCACCAACUGAUCGUCCGACACCCCCUCCCCCUCAGACGACAACUAAGCCCUCUCCGCCUACACCAUCCACCCAGCCACCGAAACCUCCUACAGGCACAGGGUCACCAACUGCAGUACCACCAACUUCCAGUCCAGCAGGAGCAACAGGUAUGCACAUCAAUAGUACUCAGCAGAGGGAUACAUAAAUUCGAAAAAAAAUGUAUUAUAUCUGUACUGGACAAACGUACGAAAAUCUUUACAUGUUAUUACUAGUAAUACAGGUAUCGCAGAAUCUCGCGAAGCUCUCGAGAGGUGGCCGGUAAAGCGUUAAGGAUGGGAGGGAGAGAAGAAUUGAGUAAAUGUGUAAUUGGGGAGGGGGGGUUUCACAAACAAUGGAUUUCUAGUUGUUCUCUGAAGUCCUUGUAACUACUUCGGACAAUACCUCCUGAAAUUAUUUUGAGGGCUUCCAGUUAUGUCGGAAUUCAACGUUCCGACUGCGUAUCUUCAGAAAUCCAUUACCAACUUGUGCCACAGAAUUUGGGUUAAGCUCCUGCUUUGGAGUGUGUGUGUUGAUGUUCUUGAGUCCCAGCGUUUCCCGUUCUUAUAAUGCUUGACAGUAUUAUUGGUACAAUUUUGCGUUCGUGUAUUGCAGGUCUUCGUUGUGUUGACAAGACUGGAGGCUGCUCAGAUUAUUCUGCUGAUGACUGCGCUAAUUCAGGCUGGGUCCUGAGACAUUGCCGCAAAUCCUGCAACGCCAAAUGUGACAAAGCUCCUCUCAAGCCUCAAGGUUUGUUAUUGGACAGUUGUUGUGAUAACUACAUACCCUGUAUAAUGCAAGUAACUUUGACUGUUGACAAACAAAACUUAUCGAGUUUCCUUCUGUGGAGCAUUGAUUGUUUUUUUGCCCCUCAGAUCGAGUGAGGACAAAAUGCUAUGCGUCAGAUUACUAUAUCAAAUACAAUUUUCAAUCAUCCAAUCUUCUUAGACUCACGCCUACAGAGUUACCUUCCCUUUUGUUGUGUAUUAAAUUGCGUUCAAUAUUCUCCAAAAUGUACAAUGAAAUGUUUCUUGUUAAUAAAGUAAAAGCAAUCCUUUAAGAAGCAAUUUUUGACAACUUGAGCAGUUGUUGUUUUGCUCAGUUGAUGCUUUAAAAUCUGCUUUUUCUUCAGGAUCAUGCGCAGAACCACUUGGUCUUGGCUGGGAUAACAAACUUCCCGACAGCGCUUUCACCGCAUCUUCAGAGCUUUCUCCUGGUGAGUUUAUAUACCCUAAAGACUGGUUAUCAAAUGAAUGCAACUUAUGUAAUAAAGAUUGGCUUGCAAUGCAUCUAUUCUAAAUAAAAUAACGAGCCUAUUUUUGAGCAUGUUAGCUUUCAGUCGUUGUUCAUCUCGUCUCUAGUUUUUUUUUUUAAUCUGAUCCAAUUUUAAGUUAAUGUUACGUAUUUUAUCGCUAUGAUAAUUGAAAACCUAAUGUUGGAUCAAUUUAUGUACUAUUUUCUCCGCAUCAUUGACCAUUUUUAUGCAAGAGACGUUAAGGUCGUCAAGACGCAUUUAACGUCUGAGACGUCAACGAACGAUGAUGUAAAAACGGGACGUUUAAGAGCAGACGACAGCAGACUCUUCCCAGUCAAUUCUGGACGAGUUGGGCAUAAAUGCGUUCCAGUUUACGGUGUCCCAUUUUUAUACUAGACGCAUACAACGUCUGAGACCCUAAAAUCGUCUGUUAAGUGCGUCUGAACGACUCACUUAAAUGGAGGCGUUAAAGUCGACAGACAUUAGAUGCGUCUGUCUUAUUAACCGUUUUUAUAAUAGACGCAAAAGUCGUCCUAAGACGUCGACAUUAACGUCUCUAGCAUAAAAACGGCCAUUCCUUAUUAGAUCUUUGAAUGGAGCAUUAUACAUUUCUGGGAAACUGCCCACUUACCCCUCCCCUAAGCCCACAUUUUGCCCUAAGUGAGUAGGUGGGAAGUUUCUCAGAUAUGUAUAAUGAUCCGAUCUUUCCUUAUUUCAUUACAGUAGCUGUUUGUUGUUUAUGGCAGGUGGUGGUUGGUGGGCGUUGGCUAGUAACGCACGUCUUUAUUUUGAAGAUGAAUAUAGUAGCAAGCGCAUUGGCAGUUGGUGUGCAGUGGAUAGAAACCCGCAGUGGCUGAAAAUUGACUUGGGUCAGAUGAAAACCAUCACCGGAAUCGCCACCCAAGGUUAUAAACUGAAAGUCAUAUUACACUGUACAUACACUGUAAAUCAGGAAGCUCUCUUUUAGCCCUAAAAGUGGGGCCAUUUCGGUGAAUCCAAUACAGCCCUAUUUUUCGGGGGGUCUAAUUUGGCUUCCUUAAUCAGGGCUAAGACAGUUUAAUUAUCUAGGGCUGAUUUGGACUUAAAGGCUAAAGUGAGUCCCAGCGUGGGCGGGAACAGCUUUGAUGGGGCUGUUUGGGUGUAAAUUGUGCUCAAAUGGCUCCAGGAGAGCCUGAAUCAGACUCUGGCCUGCAGGGCUGAAGUGGCACUUUGGGGCUGGAAAAGAUCUUUUAAAUUUACAGAGUAAGUUAACCUUGUGUUUCUCGCGGAAAUAAAAAAUCUGAAGUUUGUCUGAUGAACUCUGAGCUUAGUAUUAACAGCAAUAAGUAAUAGUAGGAAAUCAUUUAUAUAGCGUAUCAUAUAUAUCCUCUCAGUUCAUGGCGCUUUGCAAUAUAAAGGAGGUGUUCGUUAAAGACUUAAAAAAGAAUCAAUCACGUUACAUCUGUAAGGUGCUUGUCUCGGGUCUUGCCUUAAAGAACGACUCGUUCCAAUUCAAUUUAACUUAUUCUUUUCUUAGGACGUGAUGUGUUUACAGAACAUGUCGCGAACUACGAGCUUGCCUUCAGUAACGAUGGCAGCACGUGGAAGAACUACGAGGAAAAUGGACGAUCAAGGGUAAGAUUAAUCUGGUACAAGGAACUAAUCAUUAUAUGGGCUUAGUGUCUUUUAAUACAAAAUAAUAUUUUACCCUGUCUCAGGCUUUCCUCCCCUUUACAAAGUUGAAAAUCAUUCAAGCUUAAGCUUUGCAAAAUUAAAGCGAGCCUUUUAAACAGCAAGCGAGGGGUUUAUACUGUCGAUACUAAUAAGAAAAGCGGAGAAGGUCCAAGGAUUUUUAGCUGAUGUUGUUGCUAUCAUUCACGGUUAGAUUGUACUUUAACGUAUUUUCGUAUCUAGGUAUUUGAUGGUAACUGUGACAACUUCACACCGGUUUUAAACAGGUUUAAUCCGGUUCAAGCUCGUUACGUGAAAGUGCUGCCCCAUGAUAAUCCUUCCUCGUGGGUGUGUAUGAGGGUUGAGCUGUAUGGUUGUGACGCGUGA